UCCAACUACACUGCUGUCAAAGUCCCAGAAGGAACACAGCCAUCCGACAAGAUGAACACAGAAACAAAAGACAUUUUUCAAUAUGAAAAUGACUCGGAUGAAGAUGAAGCAACCCAAUACAUAAUAGAGAAACGUCUAAUAGAAUACAGAAAUCUCAAAGGACACAGUCCAAGUCAUCUGAAAGUCACUGAAGACCCUGAUGAUAUAUUCAAAGCAAUCACAGAGGGUGAUGAGUGUGCACUUGAACGACUAAUGGCACAACCAGAGACUCUGUCCAGAGUUAAUGAGCAUGGAUGGAUUCCUCUGCAUGCAGCAGCAGUGCAGGAGAGUAAACACAUACUUGAGAUCAUCUUUUCAGCUUCACCCUUUGGGGCUUCACAGUGUCGCACAUUCAAGGGGGAGACACCAUUGUUUUUAGCUGUGGUUUAUGGCCGCCGAGAGAACGCCACGUUCCUUUUACAGAAUGGGUGUAACCCUAAUCUCCAGGAUGAUGAGCAAGACUCUCCAUUGAUGGCAGCUAUUCUCAAUGACCAGUAUGACUUGGCAACUCUACUGCUUCGCUAUGAUGCUCAAGUGGAUCAGCUCGGGCCCCUAAGCAGGACCGCGCUGCAUGAGGCUGCCUUCCUUGGCCUGGAGAACUUUGUCUAUCUGCUCCUAGAGUCUGGUGACAACCCAAAUGCUUGUGACAUCAAAAAGAAAACACCACUUGCUCUGGCUGCACAAAAUGGACAUCUAAAUGUGGUGGAGCACUUGUUAGAGAAAGGUGCAAAUGUUGAGUGUGAAUCAGAGUCUGGCAGUAUCUUGUUUGACGCUGCAGCAUCAGGAAACCCCGAUGUAAUAUCUUUGCUGCUGGACUAUGGAGCAGAUGCUAACUUGCCUUUGCACAGUGGCCACCUGCCAAUUCACCGUGUGGCAUACCAUGGUCACAUAUUGGCACUGCAGCACCUCAUCCCAGUGACUAAACUGUGUGCAAUAAAGGAGAGUGGGAUUAGUCCUCUUCACUCUGCAGCUGCUGGAGGGCAUGCAAAUUGCUUGGAGUUGCUUCUCAAAGCUGACUUUGACCCAAACCAAAUGCUACACCCGAGGGUGCGCCGCAACUAUGAGGAUGAACGGAAGUCUGCCCUUUUCUUUGCCGUGUCCAACAAUGAUCUCCAAUGCACUCGCCUGCUGCUAAAGGCCGGGGCAAUGGUGAACCAGGACCCUGUCAGCUGUUUACAGAUGGCGAUGAGACAGGGCAACUAUGAACUCAUCAACACCCUGUUGAAGUAUGGGGCAAAUGUGAACUACUACUCCCGCGUCAACACCACACACUUUCCCUCAGCCCUGCAGUAUGCACUAAAAGAUGAAGUCAUGCUGAGAAUGAUUCUGAACCAUGGCUAUGAUGUCAAGCGUUGCUUCGACUGUCCGUAUGGUGGCAGUUGCCAUGACUUGGCUCCCUGGACAACCUCAGUAAUCAAAGAUAUGGUGUUCUGCGAGGUUAUAACAGUAUCGUGGCUCAAGCACUUAUCUGCUCAGUUGGUGCGAAUCAUGCUCGACUACACCAACACUGUCUCCCUCUGCGCCAAACUGAGGGAAGCCUUACAGGAGCAGAAACAAUGGCCGGAGAUCUGCCACAUCCAAAGAAAUGCACGGAGCUUAAAGCACCUGUGCCGGCUGCAGAUUCGGGAGCACCUUAAUCAGCUACGUUUGAGAGCUUCUGUUUUCAUCAGCUACCUCCCUCUUCCACCCAGACUGAAAGAGUACCUACGUUACAAGGAGUUUGAUGUAUACAAUAAGGGCAGCAUAGAUACUGUUUAUUCAGUCGUGUCAUAAGUGUUUUGGUCGCAGUGUACCAAAUUGCAUGACAUUAUCAUUCCCAGUGUAUCUUAAUAAAAAGACAGAUUUAAUAAAACAGUGCAGUACAAUAACUUCUGCUGUUAAAGUGGUAAAUUACAUCAUAGAGGCGCUAGACGGCUGAAAAUAUUACUCAACUUUUUUCAUUGACUUGUCAAAGGCAUUUGACAAAGUCGACCAUGUCAUCCUGGCAGAUAGACUUCACAAAAUUGUCUUAUCUAACCAGGCUGUAAAUCAAUUACUUGUCGGAUGGAUUGCAGUGCGUCCAGGCCACAGGGUGUUUUUCUUCUUUCAUCCCUGUUCAAAAGGGUAUGCCUCAAGGUUCCAUAUGAAGACCA